UUCUCAGUCAUCUCCGCCGCCGCAUACCACCGCCACAAUCCUUCCGCGCCUCUAUCCAAAUCCCUCGUCCCUUACCACUGCUCUCUCCUACCUCAAAUCUCUUCUUCACCUCUCUUCCACCGCCCUCCGUCCUCUCCCAAAGGCAAUCGCCGCCUCCUCGACCGCCGUCGGAGAUUUGGGCAAAUCGUAGUGAAAUUGAAUCGAGCGGCGGCGGUUUUCCCCGCAGCAUACUCGGCGGAGGUUGAGAGACUGUAAUUUGUUGCAUUUGUAUGAUUGGAUCAUGGCGAAUUCGCCUAGAUAUGGUGUGGUAAUUGAUUGUGCCAUGAGAGAUCACGUCGCUGCGUUGGUGAAGUUUCCUCUGAAGGUGAUUAUUAAGGAGGCUGUUGAGCUGGCAGGAUUCAUGUGUGGCGAUGGAGAGAUGAAGGAAAUGGAGAAAGCUGUGCGGGGAUUGGGGAAUCGGUGUUUUGAAUGCCUGGUUUUAGUGAGAGUGAUGAUGAAUGUGUUGUGUGGUGAAGUUAAUUGGAAGAAUUUUGCUGUUGAUUUGUUGAAGGACCUCUGCAAAGUGUUAGAUCAAUUGAUGGUAGCAAGGCAGAGCAUAGAAUGUGAAACAGAUGGAAACAGAGCAUACAAUGUAAUGGGGAAAAUGCUCAUGUGUCCGAGCUAACGAGGUUGUUCGAAGCUGAAGCAUAAAGCUGUGGAGGUAGCGAAUAUUACACACUAAUCUUGGAUAGUCUAAACUUUAUAAUCCAAAAAUACAUCAUAUAUAUCUGCAUGUUGUUGUUGCUUUGGACCAAAUAAUUAUCGAAUACAUUCGAGAGAGAGAGAGAGAUGGAGGUGCUGGCAUCAGUGGUGGAACUGCUGGGCGAAGUGCUGCUGCAUAAGAUAAAUUUCCUUCGAUCAGUCCGAGAAAAGGUGGAGCUACUCAAGGACGAGCUCAAGCGCAUCCAAUGCUACCUCAAAGACGCGAACCAAAAGCAGGCCGACAACGAAGGAAUCCGCAACUGGAUAUCCGAGAUCCGAGAGGUUUCUCACGACUCUAGAGACGUCAUUGAGAUGUUCAUUCUCAAAAUCGAGAGCAAAUCCCGCCUCGGAAAGUUCUCCUCCUUCCCCAAACACAUGCACUACGUCAACAAAGUCGGCAAAGAAAUCGAUGUCCUCCACCACCGGCUGGAGGCCAUCCACAGGAGCCGCGAGAGCUACGGGAUCAGGCAUCUUGAGGACGAGGCAGACUCGGUCUCCAGAUCCGGAUCGAAGGUCGAAUCAUGGCGGCGGAUGCCGAUUUGGCAAAAGGACGAACACUUGGUUGGCAUGGGAGGUGAUAUGCGGAAGCUGCUUCAGGUGGAAUCGAUUCUGGAUGAGAAGAGUGAAGGGCUAUCGGUUGCGGUCAUUGACGGCAUGGCUGGGAUCGGAAAAUCGACACUUGCUCGCAAAGUAUACAACGUUGUUUCUGGACGAUUCGAUUGUCGUUGUUGGGUCGUGGUUUCAAGUGGAUUUGAUCUGAGGGAGACAACCAAGCAGCUGAUCAUGCAGUUACCAAAGUCAGCACGACUGCGAGAUGAAAUCAGGAAAAUCGAGGAGUCGACUAAAGAUGAGAGGUAUCUUCUUGAAAAGCUUCAAGAGAUGCUCCACGAACAGCUCAAGGGGAAAACGUAUUUCAUAGUUCUUGAUGAUGUGUGGGAGAAAGAACAUUGGGAAUCCAUGAGAUAUACCUUCCCAAAUGAACAAGAUAAACCAAGUAGAUUACUAAUCACGACUCGCAACAAGACGAUUGCAAACUAUGGUGACUACGCCCUUGAGAUGAAGGUUCUAGACCGCGUUGAGAGCUGGGAAUUGUUUGUGAAGAAGGCAUUCAUCCACACCGAACGCUCCCAGCCCCAAUGUCCUGAAGAACUUGAGCCCAUCGGCCGUGAAAUCGUGAAGAAGUGCAACGGCCUGCCUCUUGCCAUCACCGUGGUUGGAGGCUUACUAGUUGAACCACACACGAAGAGAAGAUGGGAAGAAGUCUUAGAGCAAGUGAACUCUCAUCACAGAAGGGAAGAAAGCAGAGUAUCGACAAUUUUGGAGUUAAGUUACCAAAACUUGUCUCACCAGUUGAAAUCAUGCUUCAUGUGCCUUGCCUGCUUCAAGGAAGAUGCUGACAUCCCCACAAAAAGGCUGAUUCAUAUAUGGGUUGGACACGGGCUAAUCCGUCAUGAAGGGAGAAGAACUGUGGAUGAGAUCGCAAGAGACUAUUUAGACGAAUUGAUCAAUCGAAACAUGGUUCAAAUCAAGGAUUUAACAUUGGAUGGCCGUGUUAAAAACUGCCAUUUACAUGAUCUUUUCCGAGAAGUAUGUUUGGAGAAAGCGAAAGAGGAAUUAGGGUUUCAGAUCAUCGAGAAAGGAGAGAAGGAGGAGGCGAUGACAAGGACGACAAAGCCACGUCAUCGCAUCAUCUAUGGUCAGAACCUCGACAGGCUAUGGAGGGAUCAGACCAGCCAUCUCCGCUCUCUCUUUGUCACCAACUCCGACUCCGACUCCGACCUUGACAGGCUAUCGAGGGAUCAGACCCGCCAUCUCCGCUCUCUCUUCCUCAUCAAUUCCUACUCUGAUGGCUUCAACAAUCACGGUGUGAAUACACCAUACCGUUUCUGGAAGAGUUUUCAGUUGCUCGAGAUACUCUACCUAGAAGGUGUUUGUUGGCGGAGUUUCCCUCACUCGUUCCGCUCGUUGAUCGGGCUGAGGUACCUAAGAAUACAGUCCGGAUCCGCUGAGAAGAUCCACAUCCCGAGCUGGUUCGGCCACCUCGAAAAACUCGAGGUUCUCAACGCCGCGAGCGAGAACCUCGUGUUACCGCACACCACUCCCGUGAUGGAGCGGCUGCGCCACUUCAGCGCAGCUCGCGUCCACCGACUAACAACCAUGGAAAACUUGAAACGCAUCGAGACUUUGAAAUACAUCAGCGUCGACGACUUGCUACGGUGCACGUCUCCCUCGACCCUUCCUGUUCGAGAACUGGGUCUCUUUCUCGACCAGAAGAAAGAGGGAAACGUGCUCAAGAGAGCGAGGGUGUCGAUGGAAGAGAUGGCGAAUCUCGUGAAACUGGAGCUGAUGUGGGAUCUGUCGCUGUCGAUCGAGCCAGCGAUGAUCCCUCAUCUCGAGGGGCUCACGAAGCUGAAGCUGCGAGGCAGGAUGAGGAGGUGCCCGGAUCCGUCAGUGUUCCCCCCGAAUCUGACGGAUCUGACGCUCGUGGAGAUGUUUCUAGAGGAGGAUCCGAUGACGGAGCUGGGAAAGCUGCUGAAGCUGGAGUACCUGAAGUUAACUGGCUACGCGUGCUUGGGCGAGAGGAUGAGAGUGUUGCGUGGGGGAUUCCUCAGCCUCAAAGGGCUUUCCAUUAAGGGUAUGUAUUUCUUGAAAGGGAUCGAUGUGGAAGAAGGUGGAAUGCCGCAACUCAAACUUCUGAAGAUCCGGCUUUGCCCUGCCUUGAAGACUACCAAUUUGCCCCAACGAAUUCUUGCAUCAUUGUCAUCUACAUGAGGACUGUGUAAUGUUAUUCAUUGCAAUAUUAUGACGGUUCAAUAUUCCCA